AUGGGCUGCAUGGAUAUCACAUGGAUAUAUCAUCGUCUUGAUAUAAAAGUUUUAUGGUUAAAUGGUGGCCCUGGAUGUUCUUCACUUCUUGGUUUAUUUGCCGAAUUAGGGCCUUAUUUACUUUCAGAAGAUGGUUCUAAAUUAAUUAGAAAUCCUUAUUCUUGGAAUAACAAAGCUAAUGUUUUGUUUCUUGAAUCCCCUGCGGGGGUUGGAUAUUCUUAUUCAACUGAUGGAAAUCUUACUACAAAUGAUGAUGAAGUAAAUAAAUGA